AUGAGUUUUUUACUGACCGUAAAGCGAUAUUCUAAAAUUUUAAAUUGGAAACAUGAUACCUAUUAUGCAAGUUUGAUGAACAAAUACGUAUAUUUUGAUGAAUUCAUGAGAUUUUGCAAUGACAACAAAGAUCAAUUCAGCAAAAGGGAUAUUAUAGCCUCGUUAACGUACAUUCACCACAUGAAAAAAGUUGACUUACUAUCUCCAGUUUUUAACAGUUAUAAUGACUUCAUAUGUAGUAACAUAAACAUUUUUAGAACAAACAUAAGCACACUUGUGCACAGAUACGCAAUUUUGGGACACACGAAAUCUCUUCUAUUUAUUUACGAAAAUGUGCUAAAAAACAACAUUAUAAACUAUGACAAUAAGUCGAUUAGCUUAAUAGCCUGGAGUUACGCAAAAAAUAACUUUUACUUGUCCGACCUUUUUAUCGAAAUUAAUAAGAUAUUGCGUGCAUGUAUUAAAACAAUGACCCUCCAUGAAUUAUCACUGAUAGCAUGGGCAUAUUCUAAGAUAAACAGAUUGCCCCCUUUAGAAAUGGUGUGUCUGAAAAAUAGAGUAUAUCAAUUGUUAAAUUCAUUAGACGAAGAGUUAAAUGCUGCUGCAAAAAAUAGCACAACUGAAGGGGAUUAUAUAAACGGCCAAAGUGUGAAUAUAAAGGAAAAGGGCACAGAAUGUGAAAGACUGGAAUGUGCGAAAAAUGAAUCUCAGGUGAAAGGUAGCCAUUCUUAUUAUGACAGUGCUACGGAUGAUUUUAACGAACGGAACGGAAGAAACGAAAUGGAACGACAUGAACACGGCUUAGAAAGCACGUAUGAAGAUAAUGAUGAGAAUAAAAUAGACAUACAUGGCUGUAGAAAGAACUUAAGCCAAGAUAUCUGCAUGAUCAUGAAAUCGUAUGCUAUUAUGAAUAGAACCGAUCCUUUUUUCUUUUUCUUUUUAUUCAAUUUUAUCAUAAAGAAUAUAAAAAACAAUAAAAUCAUGAUAACAGCUCAAGGAAUAACCAGCAUUUGGGUGUGCUUAAUUGAAUAUGAUAUAAAAAAUAAAAACGUAAUUGAAUAUGCACUAGAAUUAUCCCGAUUUUUAAGACUUGACCACACUGUGAAUAGCUCAAUGAUGCAUGAAAUUGUUACUAGUAUCCAUAAAUUAAAAAUAAAAGAUAGACGAAUUUUAUAUCAUUUAUUUUAUCAUUUAAAAAGGAAGUGUAUCAAUAUGCAUGUUCAACAUCUAUAUGACAUCAUAAUAAAUUUACAAGAAAUGAAAAUUAAUGAUGAUGACUUGUGGAAGCAAUUUGGGGUUGCUAUACAAAAAAAGGCCAUUGACUUAGAAUUAACGCAAAUAAAGAAGUUACAUAACAUUUUUACUACCAAUGGAAAAGGAAACGAUAGAAUUUUAGGGGUUCUUGACACGUUUAUUCAAAUAAAGGAGGAUAUUAAUGCCUAUGGGCCCAUUUGA